CUUUGUUUAUUUGAAGUCACAAUUUAUUGUCAGUGAAUUCGGGGUUAUUGAAUCGUAAUGUCAAAUAAAACGUUUUUGAAAAUAUUUUUAAUUUUUUUGGCAUUUGGCCUAUUGGAUGGCAAGCGUGACUUUAGCAUCGAAAUGAUGAAAGUUAAACCCUUCGUAAUCGACAACAGCUUUAUGAAAACCUUCAAUUGUAUUCUGUAUAGCCGUAAAGUGCUCUAUUGCGAACUAGAAUUCCUUAAGGAUAUGACAGAUAUGGUGGUGCGAUUCAAUUUAAAUUCCUUCAAUAAGAAUAAACCUCGUGUGAAUAUGAUUCAUACUGAUGUAAAAGCUUGUGAAAGUCUGGAAAAAACGCAGAAAAUUAAAUUUCUUAAGUUAUUGAUUAAAGGAGUUCUCAAUGUCAGCAAUUUUCCUCAAAAAUGUCCCCUAACCCCAAACAACUUGUACACUGUUAAAAAUUAUUCCGUCAAUGAUGAUGAUUAUCCCCAAAUGUUGCCUACUAUUGAGGGUGAAAUAACUAUGGAAUUAAUAUCUGGAAAACACAGCAGAGCCAACAUUUCCAUUAUGGGAAGAGUUCGUAAAUUAUAACUAA